GAGGAAGAGGAGGGCGGUGUUUCCCUGCGCGACGCUGCGGCCGUCGCCCUGCCGCCGGCGAGCGUCAGGCGGAGGGGGGGGCCCGCUCCGCGCCCUUCCCCUUGCCCCCUCGCCCCGAGGAUGGCAGCGCUGCCCGCAGGAGCGGCCGGCGGUGUCCCUCCUCUUUUUUUUUCCGGCGGCGGCGGCUCGCUGUCGUGUGGGAGGAGGGCAGCGGGGAUGGACUUGAUCUCCCGGGCGUGCUGCUGAGGCGGCAGCACAGCGCGCCCGCCGCACAGACAGCACCCGGCAGGGCCGCGCCGCGCCGGGCAGGGAGGGACCGUGCCGGGGGGCUCGGCGUUUCUCUCCCCCCUCGCCCACCCGCACCGACACGCGGCCACCCUCCUCCUCCUUCGUCCUUUCAUCCUUCUUCGCCGCCGUCCCCCCUCGCCCGUCUCCCGCCGCGGCAGAUGCGCUUAGGGCCCCCGCGCAGCUGGGACUAUGGUGAAAUUUCCAGCGCUCACUAACUACUGGCCCCUCAUCCGCUUCCUGGUCCCGCUGGGCAUCACCAACAUCGCCAUCGACUUCGGGGAGCAGGCCUUGAAUAGGGGCAUUGCUGCAGUUAAGGAAGAUGCUGUGGAAAUGCUGGCCAGCUAUGGGCUGGCGUACUCCCUGAUGAAGUUCUUCACAGGUCCAAUGAGUGACUUCAAAAACGUAGGUCUGGUGUUUGUGAACAGCAAGAGAGACAGGACCAAAGCAGUUUUGUGCAUGGUUGUGGCUGGCGCUGUAGCUGCUGUAUUUCAUACCUUAAUAGCGUAUAGCGAUUUGGGGUAUUACAUUAUUAAUAAGCUACACCAUGUGGAUGAAUCAGUGGGAAGUAAAACUCGGAGGGCCUUCCUUUAUCUUGCUGCCUUCCCUUUUAUGGAUGCCAUGGCAUGGACCCAUGCUGGGAUUCUGCUGAAACACAAGUACAGUUUCCUGGUGGGAUGUGCCUCCAUCUCAGAUGUCAUAGCUCAGGUAGUUUUUGUAGCCAUUUUGCUGCACAGUCACUUGGAGUGCAGGGAGCCUCUCUUGAUCCCAAUCUUGUCACUAUACAUGGGAGCACUUGUCCGAUGUACCACACUAUGCCUGGGAUACUACAGGAACAUACAUGAUGUCAUUCCUGACAGAAGUGGGCCUGAAAUGGGGGGAGAGGCUACAAUAAGGAAGAUGCUGAGCUUCUGGUGGCCUUUGGCAUUAAUUUUGGCAACUCAGCGAAUAAGUAGGCCCAUUGUCAACCUUUUUGUCUCCCGGGACUUAGGUGGCAGUUCUUCGGCCACAGAGGCAGUGGCAAUUCUGACGGCUACCUAUCCUGUGGGACACAUGCCGUACGGCUGGCUGACAGAAAUUAGAGCAGUAUACCCAGCUUUUGACAAGAAUAACCCCAGCAAUAAACUGGUGAAUACCAACAGCACCGUCACAGCAACACAUAUAAAGAAGUUCACUUUUGUUUGCAUGGCUUUGUCCUUAACGCUCUGUUUUGUGAUGUUUUGGACACCAAACGUGUCAGAGAAGAUUUUAGUUGACAUAAUUGGAGUAGACUUCGCUUUUGCAGAGCUGUGUGUUGUUCCUUUGCGCAUCUUCUCCUUCUUUCCAGUUCCAGUGACGGUCAGAGCACACUUGACUGGUUGGCUGAUGACUCUAAAGAAGACAUUUGUGCUGGCACCCAGCUCAGUGCUGCGGAUUAUCGUCCUCAUCACUAGUCUCAUUGUUCUGCCUUACUUGGGAGUUCAUGGAGCCACUCUUGGAGUAGGAUCCCUUCUAGCAGGUUUUGUGGGAGAAUCCACCAUGGUUGCAAUAGCGGCCUGUUACGUCUAUCGGAAACAGAAAAAGAAGCGGAAUGAGAAUGAAACAGCUGCAGAAGGCGAAGACUCUGGCUAUGACCGACAUGCCUCACACGGAGGAAAUGACAGACAUCGUAGAAAUGAGAGAAGAGAAUGAAUAAUAAAGGGGAUGCAAUUGUUCUCUACAGGGACGAUUGGAGUGAUACUUCAGCAUCUUGUCGUUCUCUCAUACUUUUUUGUUUGUUUGUUUUAUUUUGUAAUAAAGAGGCCUUGAUUUAAAAGGUUUCAGAUAAAUUCUCUAGCAUACUGAGUAUGCUCACACUGAUGAGGGACCUAAAAAGAGGUCUUUGCUUUUUCUUUUUCAAUUGAAUUUGUUUUCCCACUCCAUGCAGACAUAAAAGAUAUAAUGCAUCGCUGUAGAGUCUUCCUUACUUAUGCAUCCACCUUCUCUGGACAAUCUGCAUUUGUCAACCAAAGGCCUGCUGGUGUGUAUGCUGCGCAUGUGUGCAUGCACACGAGUGCCACUGGCUCAGUGCUACUGCCAUACUCCUACUCCCUCCCCUUUCUUUUUCCUUCCUUUUCUUCAUGAGAAAUGUUAAGGAAAAGAAGUUUGGAAUACAGAGCUUUAUUUUACUUGCUUGAAAAUGACUUUGCUAUAUAAACUAAUAUACUAUGGUGAACUA